AUGUGUGACGCGUUUGCUGCGCAGCAGUGGGUGAUGGUCAGGGUUGGUGAUUUCCAGUAUGAUGGCCCAUGGGGCGUUGACACAAUGCCCCUUCCGGGAGACGAGCUCUCCUUUGCACUUGGCAAGGUUGGCAAUGUAGCCUACAUGGCCGGCACCUUGGAGGAACGGAAGCGGGCCAGGGACUACCUCAUGUGGCUCACCUGGCAACGCACCGGCCCAGUGAACAUCGACAUAGCCGGUCGGGACGAUGUGAUGGAAAUGGAGGUGCCGGAGGAGAUGCGCGGCUUGACCAAAGCUGCCUCGCUGCGCGAAGUCGAAAAGGAGUCCGGAACCUUCUGCUUCUUCCAGGGAGACAGCAGCACAUCAGAUGUGCUGUUGAUCUGUGGCCAUCGUCAAGAGGCGCGGGCGUAUGCGGAGCAGUUGCUUCACGACCUGAUGAUGAAAGGCUCAGUGCAGCAGCGUCCCAAGGCACCGCGUCGACAAGGGCGUCGGCAGCGGAAUCCCCGGAUGCGGAAUCGACCGCCGAAGAGGAAGGUUGAGAGCAGCAGCGAAGAGGAAGAGUCAGAGUCAGAGGCAUCCGUCUCCGAAUCGGAGUCGCACUCGGAGCUUUCGCUUCACAGCGAUGAGCGGGAGAGGGCUUCCGAGCGGGUGGCUCCACCGCCCCCGAGGCAGACCAGAGGGUGGGGCACUGGCCCUCGCAUCCGGCAAUGGGCCUCGCAGGAUGACACUGAUUCUGACGACGAGAUCGUUCCAUACUGGUGCGUUGGCAUUUAUGUAGAUCGCUUCGUGCCGACUGAUCUUACAUUUGCAGCUCCUCGGUUUUGUCUGGAUAUUGUCGCUGGGAUGGGGCCGCAGUCGCCGUCGAAGGACACAGCCAUGGAUCCAGAGAAGCUCUUCGAUGGGACGACAGGCACCAUCUCCGUUGCAGGCGUUCCCCCUUACUUCUUCGUGUGCGACCAGCACGUUGAGAUUCUGUUGCCGAGCUAUCAGCCAUGGGAAUGCUUGUUCUACCAAGCACAGAUGUAUGUGCUGGAGCAGGCGUCCCUACCAAGCGGGAAGUGCCAUGCAAAAUGCCUUCGAGCGGUCUUGGCCUGCGCUGGGACGUGCGGCAGCUUGAGGCCCAUGGGUGCCAAACUGGCCUCCUCUUGCUGUACUGCUGCUGAACCGGAAGAGGUGGUGCUUGCACCAGAGUAUCAUACUGACUUCUUGGGGAAGCCUUUGUUCUACAACGAAGAUUCACUGCUGGAUCACACUGUGGACAUCAACAAUGCGAAGCCUGAGGCAAAGUGGCAGGGUCAGAAAGAGGUCAGGAAGGCUCAUUCUAGCUUCGACUACCCGGCCUUCUGCUGCAAAGCAAAAGGCCCUGGGUCACUUGCUGAAGAAACAGAUGAGGAGGCCUCCCGCGAUGCCAAAGGCAAAGUCUGCCAAGAAGGCGAAAGUAGCGGGAAGAAGGGAUCGAAGAAAGCGCCGAAGGCAAAGGCAGCCCCUGCACAGGAGCCUGAGUCUGCGGAAGAAGAGGACCGGCGCCAGUGCACCAAAAAGAGGCUACGGGGCCUGUCGCACGGCAAGGCCGAAGGAGUGGAGGAGGAGGCCGCAGAGGCCGUUGAAACGGUAGAGGCACCCGUCCAUGGAAAUGCCCUUGGACUGAUGUCCAAGUCGAAAAUCCUUGAGCCCAGACGGCGAGCUGCCGGCGAGCAAUUUGAGCCUCGCCGUCCUAAUGAUCCCAGAUGGUCUGCACAGCAUGGCGAUCUUCGUUCAGAUUUGGGGCCUAUCUUUCCCUUGGUCAACCUCUCCUACCCAGAAGGAUUUGCCGCGGUGCAAUGCCAAGAGGACGGUAGCGGCGUCGCCAGCUACCCUUCAGGCAAGAAGGCGGUUUGCGUGUCAUCGCACCAUCAAUCGAGACGUUUCAGUGCCCUUGCUUAUGCACGCUCCGUCUUCAGCGUCAAGACUGCUGUCUCGGAGACUUCUCCACAUUUCCGUUCUGCCAGCCCUGACGACCCCAAGCGCGAUCGCGGUCGCACGAGACUUCUGGGGGCCAUGGAUGAAUGGGGCAUAGGCCUCUUUGAGUCUCCACCUGAUGGAACGGGUUGUCGAGGCUCCUACGAAGUGACGCCGACCCAUGUCAUUGUGACCACGUCUGGGCCGAACGGUUCUAAAACUCGCAUGAGCCGUGCGGCACUGGCUGGGGACACGACCUCGCUUGAUCCAUUAAGCUUGCGCCUUUGCCCAGAACUUGUGGUCACAUACAACCCGGCAAGCGGAACGACUUCACUGGAUUUCAACUCCGGAGGUGUAAGCUACACCUUCUAUGUUGGUGAAGUCUGGAAGCUGUCCUCCCGUGGACAUGGAUUGCCAGCCGCAACGAAUCCUCUAGAGAUUAAUGGUACGAUCAAUCUGUCUUCGCAGGCUUCUCUCGAUACUUCAUGCGUGAUCAUGACAGAAAGCACGAGCUUGCUUGACAAGACACUCAAGAACAGCAGUUCUUGUCUGAGUACAACUGCUGCAAGUCUGCAUGAAACCUCGGCCCCAGCCGCAAAGCUCAAGAAGUCCGCGUCUGAAGGAACCAUGAGGCUUCCACUGGAGGCCUUCAAGCAGUUUGCAGAAGGCCGCAUCGAUUUCACACAUGACCACCUUCUCAAGCAGAAUUUGGCGAACAAGGUCCAUCCAAAACUUGGAAGGCUGCCCAUUAACAAGGCUCUGAAGGAAGGCUUUCUGUGGCCUCAGCCACACCCAGGAAAGCCCUACUCGGAACCCGUGGUUCUGAACCCACCUUCUUCCUUACAGUACAUCCAAUGCCAUGAAGUGGCAAGCCGAGCCGGGAGCCUUGAGGGUGGCCAGUUGAUGGUUGUGCUGGUGGUGGCCAGCUGGGCUCGGAAGUCUCAGUACAGCUCCAGCUCCCAUGCCCAUGUCAUGGCCGAAGCUGCCUGGUCUGAGCUAAAGGCAGCCGGAGACAACGUGCUCUUCUUCGUAACAGACUUGGCAGAAGCUGGUGCCAUUCAUUCAGCUGGCAAGAAUACUAAUCCCCUAGUCGCAAACUGUGGUGUUCGGGAAGCUCCCUGGCUCCUGAUGUUUGCGCGAGGUGAGCUGGUGUUCAGCGAGAACCCAACAGGACCUCGGAACGGAGGGAUCGGCUUCGCAUCCCGUUUGCGAUAUAUGGCAUUUUCGAAGCCUCGUGUGCUUGUACUGGAGCCAGCGCCAUCAGCAUCCUCCAUGCAGAGUGCUGCCGCUACCGCUGUCGCCGAGUCGACCAAAGCCAUUAACAACUUCCAGCUGCAGCUCCAGACGCAGGAGGUCUUGAAACGGGCCCAUUUCGACUUCGACUUGGCAGUCAGCACUGUGGAUGCGAUGAGAAUGGCUUUGACGGUGCAGCCAGCGUAUGGGAUCCUUCUCUGCAGCUCUGAAGUAGGUCCGACGGCCUUCUCGGAGCUCGCAUCGCGACUCAGAGAGCGGAACCCGAAGGCCCUUGGAUUCAUAUGUCAUGACAUGAAGUGCUUGGGGCCUUUGGAUGACUCCAUGCAGAUGCUUCUCAAGUCUGACUCCAAUCCGUUGGCUUCUGGGGUUCUGUUCCGACCCAUCACGAAGUCCUCUUUCGAGCGCGUCUUGGUUGGAAAUCCGGAUACGAGGAUAAAUUAUCCGACUUGUGGAAUGGUAAAGGAGGCCGUGGAGAAGCCGCGCGCUUGGAGUUACAUCGCAGCCCACGAUCUCAACCUCACUCUAAGGCCUCGAAGAACCAAAGCGAACCGCCUGAAAGAGGCCCUGGAGGAGGAGGAGGAAGAGGAGAAGGAGCCCAAGGGCGUGAUUUACCUGGGCGAAGCACUGAAGAAACGGUACUUCUCCCAGUUCGGCCAAGUCACUCGCAUGCGCCUGGCGCGCUCCCGCAAGACCGGAGGCUCCAAGGGCUACGCCUUCAUCGAGUUCAAAGAGGAGAGCGUGGCCAAGAUUGUGGCAUCUACCAUGAACAAGUACCUUCUGUUUGACAAGUCCCUUGUGUGUGAGUUCCUGCCCAGAGAGAAGGACACUCGAAAAGAGAGGCGAGAGAAGGAAGUCAUACAAGACAACGACCGACCAAUGGUUGAGGUCAACGGCGUGUCCAUUCCGCAGCUCACAGAGCAGCAGGAGAAGCUGGCCAGCCUCGAGGUGGACUUUGAUUUAGACGAAGUUCUCAACCAAGGAGGCACGGCCGACGAUGAGGCGGAAGAGGAUGCCAAGGAGGAGAAGGAGCCUGCCAAGAAGCGUCCCAAGAAAAAGCCGAGGAAGCAGGCGGCCGACAGCUUGGGCGCCGCAGGCGAAAGACUGCAGCGGAGCAAGCAUCUGCAAAAGAACCAGGACUGGAACUCCCGUGAGUUCCUGCGAGAACUCAACCGCCAAGCGAGGAGUGUCUCGAUGGAGUUCAAGCCUUUUCAAGAAGUUCUCGAUCACUCGAUCAGGUAG